AUGCGCGGAGGAGGCAGGGGAGGACGUGGACGUGAACGUGGCCGAGGACGUGGACAUAUACAUGGUGUAUUCAUACAUGAGGGAUUAGGAGAUGUGCCAUUACUUCCGUCUCCAGAGCCAGAUCCUCAGGCAGCGGCAUAUGAUGACCCAGUAGUUCAAUUAUUUAGUUCAGUGGAAUGUUUUGUAUUUAUGAUCUUCUAUAGUUCCACUGGUUAUAAAGAAAUACCUGACAAUGGUGACUACUUCAGACCAACACCAAAGCAACUAAAAACUAAUGGACUCCCUCUCAUUGUCAAUGAUUUUAAAAUUGCAGCCCACAAUGCCAUUGAAGCUGGAUUUGAUGGAGUGGAGAUCAAUUCUGCAAACAGCUACAUCAUUGAUCAAUUCUUGAACGAUCAAGUCAACGAUAGGAUUGAUGAAUAUGGUGGAAGCAUUGGGAACCGUUGUAGACUUGCUCUCGAAAUUAUAGGAGCAGUUGUGGAAGAAAUCGCAGCAGACAGAGUUGGCGUAAAACUCUCUCUUUUCUCCGAAGUGUACGGGAAAAAGGACUCGAACCAAGAAGCCCUGUCGACUUAUUUGGCUAGUGAACUGACUAAGCUGGGAGUUUUGUAUCUACGUGUUUUCGAGCCAAGGGACUAA